AUGGACUACACAUACGACGAGGACCUGGACGAGCUAUGCCCGGUGUGCGGAGACAAGGUGUCCGGAUACCACUAUGGGCUGCUCACCUGCGAGAGCUGUAAGGGGUUCUUUAAACGCACCGUACAGAAUAACAAACACUACACGUGCACCGAGAGCCAGAACUGCAAGAUUGACAAGACACAGCGUAAACGGUGCCCCUACUGCCGCUUCCAGAAGUGCCUGACUGUGGGGAUGCGGCUGGAAGCUGUUCGGGCAGACCGAAUGAGAGGUGGGAGAAACAAGUUUGGUCCCAUGUACAAGCGAGACCGUGCCUUAAAACAGCAGAAGAAGGCCCUGAUCCGAGCCAAUGGAUUCAAGCUUGAGACGGGCCCACCCAUGGGACCUCCUCCACAAACUGACUAUCCCUUGGCACCAGCCCUGCACCCGGGGGCCAAGGGCUUGGCCCCCGCCCCCCCUGCAGGGCCGCCUGGUGACUAUGAGCGGGGCCCCUACGGUCCGCCAGGUCUGCCCAUGGCUGUGCCCACUCACGGCCCUCUGGCGGGCUACCUCUACCCUGCCUUCCCUGGCCGUGCCAUCAAGUCAGAGUACCCAGAGCCCUAUGCCAGCCCCCACGAGCCAGCCCCGCCCUAUGGUUACCCUGAGCCCUAUCCUAGUGGUCCCAGCCUGCCAGGGGUCCCGGAGCUCAUCCUCAAACUGCUUCAGCUGGAGCCUGACGAAGGCCAGCUCAAGGCCCGAAUCCUGGCCUGCCUGCAGGAGCCCGCCAAGGGCCGGCCUGAGCGUCCCACUCCUUUCGGCCUCAUGUGCAAGAUGGCGGAUCAGACUCUCUUCUCAAUUGUUGAAUGGGCUCGGAGCUGUGUGGUCUUCAAGGAGCUGGAGGUGGCCGAUCAGAUGAAACUUCUGCAGAAUUGCUGGAGUGAACUGCUUGUCUUCGACCACAUCUAUAGACAGAUCCAACAUGGGAAGGAGGGGAGCAUUUUGCUGGUCACUGGCCAGGAGGUAGACUUAUCAACAGUGGCAGCCCAGGCUGGGUCCCUUCUCCAUAGCCUAGUGCUCCGGGCCCAGGAGCUUGUACAGCAACUACACUCGCUACAAGUCGACAGGCAGGAAUUUGUCUGCUUGAAGUUCCUCAUCCUCUUCAGCCUUGAUGUGAAGUUCCUAGAGAAUCAUGGCCUGGCCAAGGAUGCACAGGAGAAGGCCAACGCGGCCCUGCUGGAGUACACCAUGUGCCACUACCCGCACUGCGGCGACAAGUUCCGGCAGCUGCUCCUGCGCCUGGCGGAGGUGCGCUCCCUCAGCAUGCAGGCCGAGGAGUACCUCUACCACAAGCACCUGGGCGGGGAGGUCCCCUGCAACAACCUGCUCAUCGAGAUGCUGCACGCCAAGCGGACUUGAGCCUCUGGCCUGGCCCUGCCGGCUCCGGGGACCCUCCGGGCCGCGGGCAGGGGAGGGGUGGCUUUGGCCAUAUCUGGAGAUGAUUUAUUUUAUUAUCACAAGCCUGGUGGAUCUUAUUUCUUGGAACUGCUCCACCCCUGCUCUCCCAGGGGCGUCCUUCCCGCCACAAAAGGGGGAGGGGGGGGUGGACCUGACCCCUGCUGUGUGUGUAUGUGUAUGUACGCAUGUGUGAGCACAUGUGCCCAUGUGUGCCUGCAACUCCCGGGCCCUGCUGAGCCAGGCUGAUGUCUCGGGAGAUCAAAUCUCGGCUUUGCUACCUGCUACCUGUGUGACUCCGGACAAGUCGUUUCCCCUCCCUCGGGCCUCAGUUUCCUUCUCUGUAAAGUGAAGUGCUUGGAUGCUCUCUAAGUCCCCUUCCAGCUCUAAAUUCUAGGAUUCUAUGGUCAUUACCUAGGAGAGGUGAAUACUAGAGAAAGAGCUCUGACAUGGAAGUCGGGAGACCUGAACUCUGGUCCUGACCUCACGCUGACUCACCUUGUGGCCUUGGACAAGGCAGUUUCCCUCUCUGUGCCUCAAUUUCCACCUCCGUAAACUGAAGAGGAGAUGUUGGGCGAGAUGAUCAAUAAGGUCCUUUCUAGCCCUGCCAUUUUCUCUUCUGUAGAGCUGCUCAGCCAGUGACUGCGUGGCUAAGUCAACCAAGUGCCAGUCUCCAGCCCCGGGCUCUCAGGGGACAGGAGGGGCAUCCCCUCUAUUCCAUGAUGAUCUUUGUGCCGAGAGGCUGAAGCCUGGGCCGGGCACAAACGAGAUGGGGCGUAACUUCACAGGGAGCCCCCUUUCCUUAGUCUCAGCCUCCCCACAGGACAGACUCAGACUCCACAAUACCUACCCCAGAUACAGGAGAAGAUGGGAGAGAGGGAGAGAGGAGACAGAAAGCCUCCCCAGAGAAAGGGCAGGGGGGAAGCCCGCAGCGCUGGCUCAUCAUGCCUUUGUCUGAUUUCUUCAUGAACCCUUAAGAGAACAUAGAAUGAGUAGAGGUAGGGUGGGGCUCAGCCCCUAUUUCAUAGAUCUUGUUAUUUUAGCAAUAAAAGAAUGAGUCACCCUGAGCAGAGGCUUAUGGAGAACAGAGGGAACCUGGAGAGUGGCUGGCACAGGAAAUCCUCCCCCCACCUCCUGCCUUCCCUAGAGCAAAAAAUGGAUACAAUUCACAAUUCAUCCUCUCAUUGGACAAAUCCAGGCUGAUAUUAUUUGCAAGGCUUCAGAAAAGAUCUGCUUUCUCCAACAGUCUCUGUCAUGCCUUGAGAGGGAAAUGGAGAUCUCUAUGGAGAGAUUUGGGGACAAUCCUAGGAUUUGAGGAGAGGGAGGGGAAAGGAUUUAGGGUUGGUGCCCACUGACAGCUCCCUCAUGCUGUUACAUUCCCAUUACCAACACCUUUAUUCUUUCCUAGGCUCAUUGUGGAAUUGGGCCAUUGUCUCUAAAGUUCUUUUAAUUGCAAGAAUUUGAGGAUUCCCAAGUAGACCCAUUUCUCCUGGCCUCAGAGGACUGCUGUAGGAGCAGUAUGUAGAAAUUUCAAACUGACAGAUUUAGGAUCUAAUAUCCUUAAGGAAUAACAUCCUUACUGCUAGAUCUGUCCAAAUAUUGAAUGGAUUUCCCACUACCAGACAGCUUCACAAAAUCUGAAUAAACAACUUGGGGACAUUGUGAGGAGGAUUCAUAGUCAGGAAUGAGGGGGGAGUUCUCUGACCAGAUGAGCUCAGGGGUAAUUUAUAUCUCAGAGAUUCCAUGAUUCAGAAUGGUUAGGGUCUCUUGCUCACCCUCAUCCCCCAAGGGAACUCUAGACCUUUGGGGGUAGUUCAGAUCCUAUGAGGGUUCUCAGGAUGGUUGUGUGUGUCGGGGGAGGAAGAGGGCUGAUGUGAGAGAAAUUCUGAGCCUGUGAAGCCUCUGCCACUGUGGAGACACAGUGGUCUUCCCUCUCUCUCUCUCUCUCUCUCUCUCUCUCUCUCGGACACCCAGGAAGAAAACAGAUUGCCAAGGAGCUCUGUCUGUAGCCUGCACCUGGUCACCUUUACAGGGCUUAGGGAGACAAAAGCUGUUUUCAGGUGAAGGGCUGGGAAAUGGGGACUCUACUGCUUGCCAGUCUUAAUGGUUUGGCAUCCAAAAUGAAUUACUUAUUUACCUGGUACUGGUCUAUCUGCCCUUUCCCUACUGGGAUCUUUUCUGACCCAAACACAAGCCCCAUCCCAAAGCCUCCCUCACCUUUUCUGCAUUGUAUUCUUGGUGGCCCAGAGUCUUUGUAGGUCUGUUCUCAGGUCCAGUUUCCUGGCACUCAUGUCACUCUUCCCCAGUCUGCCUGAUUCACUAGGGCUGGCUGGCGAUCUAGAAGGUGUGGGGGCAAGAGACCCUCAGAACAAUACAGUGCAUGAAUAGAUGAACCAAGGGCCUUUCCCCCUAGAGCCUUCCUUGUUGCAAUUUGCCCAAAUCUGGUGAACCUUGGCUCAAGAGCAUGGGUGUUUCUCUUUCCCGUCUGUCAGUCUCUGUGAUUCAAUCCCUACUUUGAAUUGGGUGGCCCAUUGACCAGCGGAUGGGAGACACACACUGUGUCCUCUUUCUGGAAAACAAGAAGUGCCCUUAAGUGUCUCCCCCUCCCCAAUGGGAAGGUCUCUACCCUUCUGCCCUCCUCCAAUAAAUUUUGCAAUUGGUUUCAAA